UAUGGAGCGCGAAGUCGAGAGUUGGAAAGUAAUUGCAGUGGCUGUUUAGAGUCCUCUAUGAUAAUUCCCAGGACACAGACCCGGUUUCGGUUUCGGUUUCGUCAUGAGUUUUGGAUAGGGAGUUUCCCCGCGUGUUUGCUGGAUUAAGCCCGGUCCGACGGAUGGCACUUCCCCUUCCCCAGUCGAUGCACUCCGCGGUCUCGAUAAGAUAGUCAAUUAAAGAGCUCGACAACCUGUACUAUCCGAUAGCGAUAGGAAACCCAAACAAAGCCCCGAAACAUUUCGACUCGACGGUAGCGGGAGAACACCUCUGCCUCUCCGGCCGGAGCAAAUGUUUGGCCAGAGAAAACGCUGAAAAGUGAGAGACGGCCAAGUGAAAUUUACCUGACGGCAAUCGGCGAGCAAUUAAGCGAUAAGCUCUUAUCAGGCUGCAGAUAACACUUUUCCGAGCGAGAGUCGGUACAUUUUGGUGGCCGAGAAUUAUGAAAUCGGAACUGGAAUUUUGACUCCGUUAGUUGUUCUCCGUUGGCGUCUACGUGCGGUCGUCUCCUUCGAUCGGUCGAUUUUGAUCAGUGCAGCUCGCGAGUGCCUUUCGAGUGAUUUACUUGAUUGAUUUACUCCGAUAUCUAUAGAUAAACGUACUUGAUAUAUGCCCUAGAUAAGGGUCUUGUGGCAUAAGGUGUGUGAAAAAUCUAAAUGGAAUUUAUUUCUAUCUGGAUACUUGAUUAAUAUUUUUCCUUAGAUCUGAAACUCCGUCUCAACUCUUUUAAAAACUAAAAAAUAAAGAAAACGCAGAGGCUAAUUGUAAAAGCGAAAAAAACUGUGAUAAAGAAAGGAUAAACAAAGGGGUACAAAACUAAACACGGCAAGAGGAGCCUCCUGCCGGCAGCAAAAUAAUAUACAAUUUUAAUAAAACUAAAACCCGAAGCAAAUUAAAAAGCAAGCGACGCCAAAUGCGGCACUAAAAGUAAUUAGCGACAGGAGCUGCAGGAGUUGGCAAUAAAAGCAAAGCAAAGGUGUAAUAAAUGAUGUUGCAAUCCUUGAGUCUGCACGCGGAUAAACUGAGCGGCAAUCCAGCAGCAACGGCAACAGCAACAGCGGCAGCAGCAGCAACAGCAACACAAACAGAGGCAACUUGCGACGCGGCAGCAACUGCAGCAACAACAAUGCUAACAACGGCACCUGUUGCCCAUGUUGCUAAUGGCAACAACAGCAAUUCGAGUGCCGAGAGCAGCAGCAACAACAACCAUAGCCUUUACAGCAAUAACAAUUUAAAUAGCGGCAACAAUAGCCAGCAGCAACAGCAACAGCAACAUCAGCAGAUACUGCCGGUCAAGUACGACUAUUUAGAGAAUCUAACGAGCUCGGGAGCAACUUCAGGUGCCAUUGCAGCGACAACAACUUUUACGGGAGCUGCAAAAAGUUACCAUCCCUAUUUGCGGCCCAGCGGCAACAACAGUAAUAUCGCUGCAUUAUCUACAACAACGGCAGCAGCAGCGGCAGCAACAGCGGCAAAAAUGUCGACAACAUUGUUUGAAACACUCUUGCACAACCAAAUAAAUUCCAGCCCAGCAGCAUUGCCAGCAGCAACAGCAAUCGCAGCAAUAUCUGCAGCAGCAGCAGCAGCAACAGCAGCAACAUCAGGCACCGCAGCAACCGCAGCAGCAGCAGCGGCAGCACCAGCAGCACCGUCAACCCAGCUGAAUUCCGGCAUUAAUUCCAGAACUUCAUUAGGCGACCAGGGUGGGGCCAUUGUUGUUGCCCCCGCACCACCCGUUGCUGCACCACCACCCACCAGCGGCCCAAAUCGCAAUCAAAGUCCCACGGCUGAAGGCUCCUUAAAAAUGGAACUUGUGGAGGCGAACAGUCCCGAAUUGAUCAAGGAUCAGCCGGAUGCAGACAAUAUCAAGAUGUUCGUGGGCCAAAUACCAAAGACCUGGGACGAGACGAGGCUGCGGCAAAUGUUCGAGCAGUUCGGACCCGUGCACACAUUGAAUGUGCUGCGGGACAAGGUCACAUCGAUUAGCAGAGGGUGCUGUUUUGUCACCUACUAUACAAGAAAAGCGGCCCUGCGCGCCCAGGAUGCGUUGCACAACAUCAAGACCUUGGAUGGGAUGCACCAUCCCAUUCAGAUGAAGCCGGCGGAUAGUGAGAACAGAAAUGAGCGUAAACUUUUCGUUGGCAUGCUGAACAAAAAGUACACGGAGGCCGAUGUGAGGCAGCUUUUCACGGGCCACGGAACCAUCGAGGAGUGUACUGUGCUCCGGGAUCAGGCCGGCCAGAGCAAGGGCUGCGCCUUCGUCACAUUCGCCACCAAACAGAACGCCAUCGGAGCCAUCAAGUCCCUUCACCAAAGUCAAACCAUGGAUGGUUGUUCGGCUCCGCUGGUCGUGAAAUUCGCAGACACGCAAAAGGAAAAAGACCAAAAGAAGAUGCAGCAGAUUCACGCAUUCUGCGGCAUCAAUGCGCCAAGCGGAGCGUCUGCAGGUGCGGCCACGCCCACAAUUAAUGCGGCCACCGCGCUAAUAGCCGCUCCGCCCUCGGCGGGACGUCCCAAUCCGUCGAUGGCGGCCGCCCUGGCCGCUGUGCCCCAGGUUCAGCAGGCUGGAACUGCGGCUACGGCACAAACCACCCUCGUUCCGCUGAGCUCCUCGACCGCCCUCAGUGCGUCCUUGGCGCCCAAUCUCCUCGCCAGCAACGCCCACCAGGGGGCGGCCGCCUACUUGGGGGCGGAUCCCGCAACGGCGGCCCAUCUGCAGCUUUACCAACAACUCCACGGAUACGGACUGAGUCCAGCGCACUAUCUGCCAGGACUAAAUUUCCACCACCCACCGGAAAACAGUGCCCACCACAGCCAGCACAGUCCCACCGUCGGCGCCGCAUCAGCAGCAUCUCUAUCGGCUGCAGCAGCAGCAGCAGCAUCAGCAGCAUCUCACCCACUUGGCGGCGCACCACCAUCCGCACCCACACCACCCACAAGCGGCCUCCAUUCCGCCGGGCAUGCUGCUGGCGCUGGACUGCUCGCCGCUCCAUCCCUGUCUAUGCAGAAUCUGGUAACCCUGCUAGCCACGCCCUCCGCCCACCACCAGCUGACCCUCCAUCACGGCAGCAGCAGCAACAACAACAGCAGCUCCGCCAGCAGCCUCCACAACCACCAGCGACUGACCUACGCCGCUGCACCGCCACCACCGCCCACGGCGACCACCUACAACAUGUCGCAGCUGAUCGGUCACACUGCCACGCCCACUCAGCAAGGGGCCGGCGGCCAAACGCUGACCUUGAACGCGCUGUGGCCUCCAAAUGCUGCAGACCCCUAUUCAUCAUCCCUGAGUGGACUGACAAAUGGAGCCGCCUACGGAGCCGCAUCCCAACCUUUGACUGCCAGCGCCCUUCAGGCGGCUGCCGCGGGCGUGGCUGGCAAACAGAUUGAGGGCCCCGAUGGCAGCAAUCUGUUCAUUUAUCACCUACCUCAGGAGUUCAUUGACACAGAUCUCGCGUCGACAUUUCUUCCCUUCGGCAAUGUCCUCUCGGCCAAGGUGUUCAUCGAUAAGCAGACCAACCUGUCGAAGUGCUUCGGCUUCGUGUCCUACGACAAUCCGCACUCGGCCAACGCGGCCAUCCAGGCGAUGCAUGGCUUUCAGAUCGGCACCAAGCGGCUGAAGGUCCAACUGAAACGUUCCAGGGAUGCGGCCAAGCCGUACUAGGCAGCUAUGUGGGCUGAUGUGGCCCAAAUGGGCGUGGCCAAGGCACCCAGCACACCAACAAUUCACAAUCAACGGAUGAAACUAGUGUAAACAAUUGUGCCUUCUAAGCAACGUUCUGAAACCAAAGGACCAAUUACAAAAAUGUAUAGGAUAAGUGAACACAAAACUAAAGAUAAAUAGAAAGCUUACAAAUAAAGUUCUCGAGUGCACAAAAAACUAACCGCAAAAAUCAACCCUACCAAAGAAGUAGCUUAAAAGUUGCAUCCUUCUUGUAAUCACAUUUGCUGAAAACCAUCAACCAUAUUCAUGAAAUCUAUCUAACUAUUCAACGUGGUCGGCAAACCAAUCCUACAAAUAAAAUAAAACCAAAACGAAAUACAGAAAUUGAGAGCUGCGUUGUGGCGCCAAAGUAUUUUUCAAAGCCAAAUAGUUAAGCAAAUAAAAUGAAAAACAAAAACCAAUACAGAAGAGAAAACUUAAUUUUUGCACUAUUCAAAUGAUACAACUUAGAAAAUUAAUAUUUAGUUAAAAGUUAAGGAAAUAAGAAUAUAAAUAAAAUAUAGUAGGGCGCAAAGAAACAAAAAACAUUCGAAAUUCCGUUCGUAGGGAGAAACGUUCAAAAGGAAAGCUAAAAAUAAUAUAACUAAAAAAUGGUUUAAACAGAAAACUGUUAAAAUACCAGGUGAAAAUUUAAAAAAAGCUAAAAGAAAAAUUAGCUGAUGACAUUUCUGGCUUAGCUUCGUCCUUAUUUCAAAUCUAUUUUAUAUCGUUAAUAGUUUUAAACUAUAGGUAUGCAAACGAAGCAAACUUAAAAAAAACACAAACAAUUUGUCCAAUUUGUACUUAAAUUGCACUUGAUGUCAGAGGGCAAAAUAAAAUUGAAUAAAAGUCAGACAAAUUAAAGUUUGAACAAUUUAGCCAGUAAUAAAACUACAGUUUUACUGAAAGGUGUAAAAAUAUGAAGCAAAUCAAGCGGUUUCAAAGAUUUCUAAAUAAAGAAAAAUAAUAAAUAUUUAAAAAUAUACCUA